AUGGCAUCACAAUUACGCGCGUGGGGAAACACUCCGCGGCAACAGUUUUCAUCAUUGAGAAGAACUCCCCACGUUUUAUACUCUACUCUGCCACUCGAUAUACCUUUGGAGGAGGAGAAUCUACCUUACUAUAUACCUUACUAUAAACCUGAGCAUUGCCACACAGUCAAAAUUGGAGAUAUAUAUGAGGCUAGAUAUCAGGUCUCAGGACAUAUUGGUUAUGGGGCGUAUUCCACAAGCUGGCUAUGCCGAGAUCUUCAAGAAAACAAAUAUCAAGUAUUAAAGGUGUCUACAUCACUGCCAACACACCCAACUGCAAUUGAUCGCGAGUUGAAGAUCUAUAAGCAUCUGGCGAAAGUAAAUUCUUCGCAUCCUGGCCAGUCACUAAUCCGCGAGCUUUACGAUUCAUUUGAUAUUCAAGGCCCUGUUGGGAGGUACCACCAUUUCGUGCUGCAACCGAUGCAUAUGACACUUCUAGAGAUGAUGAGACUGAAUCCAAGGCCGUUUGACCUACCUCUCCUCAAAAUGACUGUCAAGCGACUAUUACUAGCCCUAGACUUUUUACACACUGACGCCGAGAUAAUUCAUACUGGUAUCCAGCCCUAUGAUAAUUUGAUGCUCAGUCUGGAGGAUAAUAGCAUGCUGGCGGAUUUUGCAAAGGACGAAGCUGAAGAUCCAAGCCCUCGGAGAGAGGUUCAUAAGUCACAUAUCAACUACCAGAGCUAUGGACUCCCUAUACUUUGUGGCUUUGGCGAGGCGCGGACUGGAAAAAAACAGGAGUCCGGCCCAUUCAUUAGACCACAUAUUUACAGAGCACUAGAGAUAAUAUUUGAGAUGCCGUGGGGGAGUCCUGUCGACAUUUGGAACCUGGCGGGCUUGAUUUGGGACCUCUUCGAAGGGGAGCAUUUGUUUGAGGAUAUAUUUGAUAGGAAAGGAGGCCAUGACCCGUUCAAACAUCUGGCGCUCAUGGUUGCGUUGAUUGGACCGCCACUGCAAGAAUUCGUCAGACGUAGUGAGACGACGGAGCAGUGUUUUGACCGCAGUGGCGCCUGGGUGGCCCAUGAAGAUGCAUCCAUACACUUGGUCUCGCUGGAGAGCUUGGAGAGGCGACUGUCUGGGCAAGAGAAAGCAUCAUUUAUCCAAUUUAUCAAGUCAAUGCUUGAAUGGCUACCAGAGGGACGCAAGACAGCAAGGCAGCCGCUCGAGGAUCCAUGGUUGCUUUAUUGUCUCAGUUAA